CGAACAAGUCGAAAGGGCGCACAAGAUGUCGACGUCCAAGGCGGGCCAUCUCUUGUCGCUGGGAACCCAUGGGAUGUGGGGAUUCUCACCGAGCUUUGAUCUUCAGGAAGGCGUGUCGGAGCUCCGUGGCGAUUCGAACCAGUUGGAAGCGGAUGCGUCAUCAACAGACCCGUUGUGCGUGCUCGUCGUCAGUCCCGGCGACAUUCGCCACGUCUUGACAACAAUUGCACGGUCUCGGCGAUGGAAAAAGCGACCUCUGCACAUUUAUUUGUACGAAAAGUCCCCGGAAUGCCUCGCCCGCGCGCUCUUGUUGCUUCAGGUGGCAAACGACUGGGAAAUUCCCCUGCGUCAGCGAUGCAAUACGUUUCUCGAAGUGUUUGGCAAUGCACUUGUUCAGGAGCGAACGGCCGAGUACAUCGAAGAGAAAGCCAAGCAACUCGUUCAUCUCGUGUGCAACGAGUCGGGGCAUCUCGCUGACAUCGUGGACUUGUCCCACUUGAAGAUGAAGACCCGUGAUGCUUUGGUCGAGGCAUUUCAAUCUUGGCACACCAGCGUCCCGUUCAACGUGGAGCGCUUGCGAGACCAACGGCUCCGCCACUACUACGAGAAUCGCUACGACUACCGCAACAAUUUGAUCGACUGGGACUACACGAUGUCGCUGAAGAAGAUCCAAGACGCGAGUGUCAUUCAUGUGCGGCAAUUCAAGGAAUGGCGCAACACCGGGGUCGCGUUUGAGUUUGGCGACCAAAAGUACACCGUUCCGAAUCGAACGAUGGCAACGUACACGGAUGCGAUGAAGAAAGGUCAUGGGUCCGUGAGCUGCCGCGGGUACUGGCUCGACAUCGUUGUGGGUCCGUACAUUGCGUUUGGUGUGGACUGUUUCCGCUCCAACAAGUUUGCCGACGGACUGUUUGAGAUUCACAACAAAGGCAGUGGGUGUGAGCAGAACCGUCAUAACACAACGGAAGUCGCGGUCUUCAACGUUCUCUCGCACUUGCACGAGAUUGAGACCGGGGAUAUCUACAAGAUGAAAAAGGCGCAUGACGUGUACAGCGGCAUCGGCGAAAUCGAAGACGGCAAAGUGCGCGACGGACCGGUCCAGGAAGGUGAUGCCACGUCCGAAAACAACGACCACGACGACGUCCUCCCGCGCUUUGAAGUCCUUGAAGACGCCGACACAAACGCGGAGAAGACGGAUGCGCGGAAACGUGCGCAGCGCAUUGUAGAGUCGUUUGAUGGCGUCAAGGUGAUCCUUCUGUCGGGACCUGCCGCCGAUUUGGCCAAGAAACCUCGGUAUCAGCGUAAAUUCAACCACGUCCAUGUGUCUGUGCACGCGACCAAUUUGAUCUCGUCCCCGGACAAGGAUUUCCCCAUCACGAAUAUGUGUGCUGACCGCGCCAAGGUCUCGAUCGAGGCCUCCGUGUACUUGUUGCCGUUUAAAGAGGACCAAAGAGUCGCGUAUAUGCAAAAGUUGGUCGAAUUUGCAGGGGCGCUGGACCUGCAAACUUCCAAGCAAGUAUUUGGCGCGAGCGACGCGUACAAGCGGGAGAAUGCAGUGCUCAAGUUCGAGUACGCCCGCCACCCUUCGAAGCAAGCGACUGGUUAGUCGCCGAGGGCACUUCAUGCAUAUUCAUGUCGGCACAGUUCAAGCUAAUUCUGCUCAUGAGACUUCAAACCCCACGAAUCAUGGUGACCUCACGAUAACUAUUCUUCUUGAACGAAUGACUGCUAUCUACGCCGACACAAUCACAGAACGAGGCACCAUCGUCACCUGCUCUGGUUUCACGAUAGAGGCGACGUGAGUAUGCGCAAGGUGGCAAGGAAGAGCAGACAGUGGGGUUUAAAUGAGUUAAUUCAAGUAGGUCAAUAUAUGGAAUCGCGUGAAGAAUGCGCCAUGGAAGUGGGUCAUUUACAGGUGACCACCUCGUUGUCGUUUCGUCGAGUUCGACAACGGACUCUCGGGUCGUUUUCGAACAGUGUGGCCGUGCGUCGUGCCCGAGUGAAACGAGUCGCCCACGAGGGCCGAUGCUGGCAAGAGUUGGGCGGUUUUGGAUUCACGGUGAUCGUCGUGCAUGACAACGGCGGCUUUGCCGAACCCAACCUUGAGUGUGAAGAGCAGCAUGCGCGCAAUGUCUUGCGCUUCCAGACGAGACUGCUUGUGGAGGAUGUGAAAGUUGGUUGCCACACACGAAGACGGGUAUGUGAACUCGUCACCAGACGCAAACUGGACGCGCAUGUACCCGCCAAAGUCGUCCGGCAAGUGGAUACAAUGCACUGCUUUCCAGUACGUUCGAUAGUCCGCUUCGGUUUGUGGAAUGAACUUGCAAUGGCCGCGUUCGAGGUUCAACCGCAUCAGGUUGGUUGGCGGCGGGGCUAUGGAUGUAUAUUGAAGCACCCUGCACUCAUUCAUGCCGGGAACGGCGUGUAAGAGCGCAUUGGUCACGACGUUGCGAGAAAUCACGUCAUCGGUAAGAGUCGCUUGACUUGAUCGCAUCUCUCGAAUAAACGUAUCGGCAGUCUUCAUAGCGUACACGACGGGGGAGAACGACAUGACGACAUGAUGGCCGACAAGUCGGAUGUCGUGGAUUUGUACGCACUGCACUUCGUCUGGUCGCAAUUGCUUGUUCAUCGUGAAAAGUCCGUUUUGACCCAUGUGAACACUUCCCGCAGCCUUGAUUUGAAGCAAGACGAGUGCACAGCAGAGUUCGUUCAACACAAAGUUCGACAUCGGUCCUUUCUCUCGAUGGAUGUUCACCGUGACUCCGCACUGGACAGCACUCGACCAAACGCUGGGCAUGUCAUCGACAACAAUCAGCGUCUUGCGUCCGUCGCUCGUGACAACGCUGUGGAGCACGCGUUUUUCCAUCAACACAUUGCUCAAUUGGUCCAUUGCGAGGUGGUGGUGUUCGCCACUCAACGUCACCAUGAGUGUCGUCUGCGGCGAGCGCACGGCCAUAAAUUGUUGUACAUUCACGCGUACUUCAUAUCUCUUGAGCGCGUGGCUUUCUUCGUACUUCAUCGCAAGCACCCAACCGACGCGGCGCCGAUCGUACUCCGCCGC